CAAUCAAUAGAACUAUGGAAUUCAAUAUCAAACAUUUGUGGAUUAAUACAAUAUUAGCGUGAGACUGUGUGGAUAUUGAUGAACAAUCCAACAUGAUGACAUUCAAUCAUAAAAAAGCUUUAAAACCAAAUAGAAAUCUACUUAAACUGACACGAAAGAAAAUAAACUUUUGAGCCGUGAAAAAUGAGAACAUUAAGUGAAAAAUUCAUUAAUAAUUAAGACUUUUGUAUUGUUACACACAAACAAAUUGAUAUUCUUUUAAAAAAUCUACGACUUUAGUGAAAUCAUGAAUAAUUCUUUACCAAAUGUUGAAUAUUUGACAAGUGAAAAAGUUCAAUUCUAUUUGAAAAUUAUUUAAAAUUCUACGAAAUGUUUAAAACAACAAAGAAAAAUCAAACUGAAG